CGUAGCUGAAAAUAAUCCCAAAUAGUUUGAUCAGACAGAAAACGUUUGGAUUAAAUGAAGGUGUUUUUGUCUUCAGGGCAAUUUCCGAAGAAUAGCCUGUGGCCAGGAAUAACAAGUUGUUGUCAGAAUAAUAUGCGAACAGAUCAUGAAGAACUCUGCGGCAGUAGUUAUGGAUCCUUCUGUAUGAAUGGUGGGAUUUGUUAUAUGAUUCCUACUGUGUCCAGUCCUUUUUGCAGGUGCAUUGAGAAUUAUACAGGAGCUCGUUGUGAAGAAAAUUUGCUCCCCAGCAUCAAGAACCACGCCAGAGGUGAACUGGUUGCAGCUUUUUUGGCGUCGGUGGUUGUUCUGAGUGUCUUGGUAGCUGGAGCCAUCUUCCUUCUGUGCAGGAAAGGCCAUAUUCCAAGGGCCAAUUCCAUAGAGCGUGGAGACAACCUGACUGAGGCAAAUGACAGCAAUGGUUGCAACAGAUAACAUGUUGUUCACUUGUUUCAGAGAUAACCGAAUAAAGGAAUCAAAGCAAAAAACAAUGGGAAA